CAUCUCAGACUGUGACUGGGAACACAGUGCAGAACAGGCCGCCUUCAAAUUUAGCGGGAGCGGGGCAUGCCGGGAGCGGAAGUUGCGCGCAAGGUCAACAAUGGCGCUGUCCCUGUGUCGGUGUGUGUCCCGGGGCUUCGUUGCACCACCCCCUGUGUCCUUGCUCGUGGCGAGAGAAGCAUCCAAAAAAGCCGGGGGCAGCUCAAAGAACAAAGGGGGGAAGAGUCCUGGCAGGAGAUAUGGCUAUAAGAAACUAGACGGAGAUUUUGUCCAUGCUGGGAACAUCUUGGCCACUCAGCGCAUAAUGCGCUGGCACCCGGGGUCCCAGGUAGGAAUUGGCCGUAAUAAGACCCUGUUUGCACUGGAAGAUGGAAUUGUCCGUUACACGAAGGAAGUAUAUGUCCCGCCCCCGCGCAGCGAGGAGAGCCGCAAUGUCAUAUGCCAGCUACCGGCUGGCGCCAUCAUCUAUAAAACAUUUGUUAAUGUAAUUGCGGUGCCGCGAGAGAACCACUUCAAACUUGUAGAGAUGAUGUGAGAGCCGAAAUUCUUUUUGUACAUAUCUUUAUUAAAUUAAAAAUGUUUCAUUACA